AUGAGUCAAAAGGAUGUGAACAAAGUAGUCACGGUAUAUGCCUAUUUGCCACAAGGUGAUAAGUCCAAAGAAAUAUCGUAUACCGAUGCCAAAGUAAUCGGAAAUGGGUCGUUUGGUGUUGUCUAUCAAGCCAGACUUAUAGAAACCGAUGAAAUUGUUGCUGUUAAAAAGGUUCUGCAGGACAGGCGUUUUAAGAAUCGUGAACUACAAAUCAUGCGACAAUUGGAUCACCCAAAUAUUGUUCAGCUGAAGUAUUUUUUUCAUUUCGUGGGCGAGAGAAAAGAUGAAGUAUAUUUAAAUCUGGUUCUUGAAUUCAUCCCGGAAACAGUUUAUCGCGUUGCCCGACGAUAUGCCCGCCAAAAAGAAACAAUCCCACUUCUGUUUGUGAAGCUGUACAUGUAUCAAUUGUUUCGUAGUCUGGCGUACAUACAUCACAAGGGUAUUUGUCAUCGAGAUAUCAAGCCGCAAAAUUUACUUUUAAAUCCAACCACUGCUGUUUUGAAAUUAUGCGAUUUUGGAAGCGCAAAGGUAUUAGUUCGUGGUGAACCCAAUGUCUCUUACAUAUGUUCCCGCUAUUACCGAGCUCCUGAACUAAUAUUCGGUGCCGUGGAUUACACUUGCCAGAUUGACGUCUGGUCAGCUGGUUGUGUGCUUGCAGAACUUCUUCUUGGACAACCAAUUUUCCCUGGAGAAAGUGGUGUCGACCAACUGGUUGAAAUUAUCAAAGUUCUAGGCACACCAUCACGUGAACAAAUUCAUGAAAUGAAUCCUGAUUACAGAGAAUUUAAAUUCCCACAAAUUAAACCACAUUCAUGGUCAAAAGUUUUUCGUCCUCGUGUUCCAUCAGAAGCUAUUCAAUUAGUAUCACAACUACUCGACUAUACACCUUCAAAGCGUUUAGAACCAUUAGAUGCUUGUUUGCAUAGUUUCUUCGAUGAAUUAAGACAAGAAGAGACUACACUGCCUAAUGAUAGACCUCUACCUCCAUUGUUUAAUUUAAUACCAUACGAAAUGACAAUGCGAGAUGAUAUGUACAAAUUCCUUUCACCUUCACGGUCGUCUGGAGGAGCUGGAGGAUCUGAAUCGUCUGCUGUACCACCUACUUCAGGAACGUCAACGGCGGAACAACAACAACAACAUCAACAUAGCAAUCAAUCAUCAGAUGGAACAGAUACUGGUUGUGGUGAUCUGUUGGGUAAAGAUCAUGAUACUACUUCUAGCACAUCAGAAGGCGGGAAUAAUAAACUGUCAGAUUCAGAGAUUAGAUUAGGAAUCAUUGCACCUUCUGGUAGUUCAGAUAAUUUACAAGCUACAUCAGAUAACAAUAACCCUAAUAAUAAUAACAACGAUAAUAAUAGCCAAACUGAUAUACCUCAACAAUCAAAAGAUUCUUUUCAGAAAGAAUCUGAAUUAAAAGAAGUUCAAGAUGUUGUCACUAGUUAAACAACAUGUCGACUCUACACAUUUAUAUAUUCUAAUUCACAUCAUUAAAUUUUGUUUAUUUGUAUGUCUUUAUAUACAAUAGAGACAGUGUUGUUGGUCAGUUAGUUGUUUUGUCGAAGUUCAACAGAAGGAUGAUAAUGGUGCAUAUACAAAUAUAUACACGCACACCCCCACACAAACACCUAAAAAUAGUUUGAGUACUCAGGUUUCCCUGAAAGUAUGUCAUUCACACAAAUAAAUUGAUCUGCUAAUCAAUCAUCAAAAUGAUGCGUAUGUACAAAGAUAAACAACUAUAACCGCAGAGAGACACAGAGAGAGUGAGAUCCCGUGGAAUUCAGACUAUUCCACGUAAACGACAAUCAUCACUAUUUUGAUGUUCAUCAUCAUCAUCCUCGUCGUCAUCAUCAUCAGAAUUGUCAUCAUAACAGAGCCGAUGUUGAACUACUUUUCAUUAUUAUUAUUAUUUUUUUCUCUCUUAGGCUUUCACUUGUUGUGAAUUUCUGUACACAUACACACACACACACACCGAAACACACAGUCAUAUACGUAUAUAUAACUCUUGAAUACGCCUUCCCUUCUGUCUCCCUUUCUCUCUCUCUCUCUAUAUAUAUAGUCAUUUUCAAUCUGAUAAAGUAACUCUGUGUGUUAUCCUUUGUCUGUCUUAGACAUCUUGUAGUUAAUUUAUUCACUGUUUAAAAAAAAUAAUUAAAACAAAAAAGUAUUUUCUGCUUGUUGUUUCACUAAGAUAGAGGAUAGAUGAUGAUAGAGGUAUAUCUAUCUAUCUAACUUAUCCCCUAUAUCCCUUGAGUAGAGUGUUUGCGCGUUCAAUGUGCAUGUUAUGUAUGUGUUCAAUUUCCAAUUGUUUUUUGUUUGUUCUAUUUUAUUCUAUUUGCAUCCAGUUUACUACUACUACUACUACUACUCUAUAGUCAAAUAUACUUUUUUCCUAUGUGUGUAUGUGUGUGUUUGUGUCUCCUGUACUCCUCUCCGAUUGGUAACAGACAAAAUUGAGGCAUUGUGUUUUGUGUGUGUAUCCUCCUCCUGUCUUUUUGAGCAUAUCAGCUUUUUAAAAAACAUUUUUGUUUUUUGUUUGUUUAUAAUUAAUUAUCCUGUGUAAUGACUCGUCAGCAUUGUUUUUUCCCCCCUCUGUUUUACCAUUCCUAUGCUGUUUUUCUUCUGUCGAACACACCCACGCACGCACACACACACACACCCACGCACACUCUAAAUGUAUUAUGUAAUGUGGAGCGCCUAAAUACAAAUUCAGUGUUAUAUAUAUAUA